CGGAAUGUGUCCGGCAGGCUCUCUCCGUCGGAAAAUGUUUUUUUUGUGUCUCAACAUGUUUGUUUCAUGAUGAAUUUUUUCUCGUGUUUGUUUGGUGCAAUUCUGCCAAUGGUUGUUAUUGAGAAUCAAUUAAUAACAUGUGCCGGCCUACUAGUGUCGCAGAAUGCUCCGUUUUUUGAACCACCGAAAUCACGGCCUAAGUUAUGUAUGAUUACGUCUGUACCGAAGCCACGCUAACUACUGCGCACAUACGUAAUUGAGGUGGAUAAGUCAAGUAAAACUUCUUGUUAGAAGUCAACGGAUAGUGGAGCAUCAUCAAUGACCUUCGACGUCGAAACUCGCGCUUCUCAUCCUCUUGCGCUUCUCAUCCUCUUGCGGGAUAACGGAGUAGGAACGAACCCCAUCAAAUGAAUGUGCAUCUGGUUCUCACUCAACAAUUUCUCUAUAAAGAUUCUAAAUGAAUCGAGAUAUUAGUUGUAGCCCAGGCUCAGGGUCGAGAGAAAGAGAAGCAUGCCCACGUGCAAAGUAUGUAAAAAAGUGGGGCAAGAACCGUUGUAUUUAUAAUUGGAACUUUUGUUCUUGGAUUCAUGAUCGACCGGGGGGGGAGGCCCCAAAAGGGGGCCAAGGGGCCCCCCCGGUCCCUUCCCGGAGCUUUGUGUCCCCUGGAGGCCUGGGAAGUAGGUGGAAGGCCUCAAGGGGGGGCCAAGGGGCUCGCUGCCUCCUUCUCGUUUGCAUGUACCCUACAGACUCGAGGGGUUAG